AUUAUCUCAAAGUGGGCAACCACCCUCUCUCUUUGUUUCUCUCUCUUCUUCCCAUUGGAGGCUUUGUCUAUGGUGUUUGUGAUUUCUCACACUGCACGACAUUCGAUAAUCCUUCUCUUCCUUCCCUCCUCAAAAAAAAAAAAAAAAAAAAAACUGAGCUUUCUUCUUUCCUUUUAUGGCGCCCACUUAGGAUAGUGGGGGGAUCAAAGUCUCCAAUCGGGUUGCUCCAUUAUCUUCCGUCUCUUCUUUAUUUGAAGUGGGUGGGAAAAUGGUGAGACAAAGGAUCCAGAUCAAGAAGAUUGAUAAUGUAACUGCAAGGCAAGUGACUUUCUCAAAGAGAAGAAGAGGAUUAAUCAAGAAAGCUCAUGAACUUUCUACUCUUUGUGAUGCUGAAAUUGGCCUUAUUGUCUUCUCUUCGACUGGCAAGCUCUUUGAGUUCUCCAAUUCAAGGAUGACACAGGUGAUUCAACGACAUAUGCUACAUGCAGACAACCUCAACAGGCUAGAGGAAUCAUCACUUCAGAUUGAGGCUGAGGAUAGUUUGCGUGAUAUACUAAGCAAAGAGCUCGAGGACAAGACUCGAGACUUAAGCCAAAUUAAUGGCGAAGAGCUUGAAGCAUUGGGCCUUGAUGAGCUAAUGAAACUAGAAAGACAAGUUGAAAGGGGUCAAACCAAAAUUCGCCGAGCAAAGGGUGAAAAACUUCGGAAAGAGAUAGUCACCCUCAAGGGAAAGGAGAUUCAAACGGCGAAAGAAAAUGAAAUGUUGAAGGAACAGAUGAAAGAUGUAUCUAAAGAACGUUUAUCGCUGCUGAAUUUGGCAAAAACUGCGGAAUCUGAUGCCAGCGUCCCCUCAAUAGCUCCAAUUCAAUGGCUGCCAAAACAUGAUAAUUCAAUCUCUAAUACUUUUCUUACAUUGGGCCCUCCUGUACAGACUACUGAGUGAAGAUUCGUCAACCUAUUAUUGCAAUAAAGCUAAGGAGUAGAUGAAUGCAUAUUUAUAUAAAAGCCAUAUACUUGGUAUCAGAUAAGGAUAAAGCUAUGUAAAACCCUAAUUUAGACGAUGCCCCUAUAAUAUUAUGCAAACAAAGCAGGAAGCAGAAGAUGAACUUGUUCAACUUUUUGUAUAGUAAUUGUUUUUUUGGUACGAAAAUUUAAGUAGUUACUCUCAUCUUAGGUGUUGGCAACUCUAUGGCAUUUGUUUGCAUCACUUGUUGUGGCUAAUUUCUAGCAUAUUGUACCAAUUGGGCCUUUUCAAUACGCUUUUCGGUAAAUAGGAAAUAGUAUUUGGGCCAA